UGCAACAAAAACAAAAAAAGUGCAUUUCGUUGGAUUUUCAGCGUGGAAAAUGCCUCGCUCCUGGUCCCCCACCCGGGACAGCUCCGGCGAUCCUCCCCCAAGUCGCCGCCCUCUUCACCCACGCAUUUCACCUCCGGCUCGACGCCGCAGGUCGGUGGUGGUCCGUCCGGAGAGCCCGCUGGUCACCGAUUCGGGACCUCGUUGCCUCGGAGUCUUUGGCAUGAGCGGCCUCACGCGGGAAGCCGAUCUGCGCGAUAUGUUCGAGCGGUACGGCAAGGUCAACCGGGUCAUGAUUGUGCAGGAUCCACAAACGAACGUAUCCCGGUGCUUCGGAUUUGUGUACUUUGAGCGGGCCGUGGAAGCGAACCACGCCCGCAAGAUGUGCAACGGCACUAAGCUGCACAGCCGGGAGCUGCGAGUUGCGUUUUCUACCACGGCCAGGCCGCACUCGCCCACUCCCGGCUUUUACAAGGGGGACCUGGUUGAAAGAAAUAUCCAGCGCAGAAGAACGGGCCGGGAUCGAAGGCGCCGCGAGAGACGGCGCAGAAGGCGGACGCCGUCGCCAUUCGAACCACGGCGACGAGGACGAACCCGGUCCCGGUCGCCCUUGCCGUUCCGUUCUGCGGAACUUCGCCAUCAGCGUUCGCUUUCGUUCGAAAGAAGCCGACAAAGGUCCCCGCGGCAGCAGAAGGACGAUUGGUACGGCCACCCCGGAUUCCGGCGGGUUCGGUCUCGGUCGCCGUAUUGCCGCUGAAUGGUAUGCGAUAUCUGAAGUUGCGUUUGAAAGAAAAUGGUUGGAUUUACGCUAAUGUUUGAGUGUAUUCUUAAUUCUAGUUGAUUCUGGUAACAAUUUGCUUUUUUAAGAAGCAAUGUGAAAUUUUUUGAACAAUGCGAUUUGAAUUUGUUAAGGUUUGAAGCAAUAAACAUACGGAUUUUGUAAAUGUUAA